AUGCCUCUCGACGAAGAAGGAGCUAAGUGGUCGUGCGAGCCAUGCAUUCGCGGCCAUCGAUCUUCAAAAUGCCAGCACUUCGACAGACUUAUGAUGAAAGUUCCCAAGGCGGGUCGUCCUUUGGCCAAGUGCCCUCAUCCCAAAGGAACUUGCAGCUGCGAAAAGACCUAUGCCUUUAUGGUCCGGAUCCCCAAAGGCUCUGGGUGCUUGUGUCGACCAGUCUACAAAGUCCCCGCGGGCACCAAUGAUUCAUCACAGUCCACACCAGUCUCUAUGGCAUCGAUGGCUUCGCCUUCCUCUGGCAAAGUUCAAAAAUCAAGCAGGAGACAAAGCAGCAUUCAAGCCACCCCGGAGAAUAUCGCCAAAGCCUUGGAAGCGAUGCCCGAGAAUCUCAAAUUUGAAGAUGGUACCUCGAACCUUUUAGGAAACCUUGCUUCUCACCAACCGGAACAAGAUGAUGUCACCGAGAUCCGUACUCAUCAAGUUGCUUCUGUGCCUCAAGAAUCUACGAAAAAUGUGAAUGGAUCCAGUUGCUGCUCGAAAAAACCGCAAACUCCACCAGCCUCAGCCCCGUCAUCAAAGGGGUCGGGUUCUUGCUGCAGUAAAAACACUCCGAUAUCCAAUGCCGUCCACGAUAGCGUUCCCCAUGCUCAAGGAUCGAAAGUCAAUCAGCCUGCAUCAUGGAACGACAUCCAUUACAUGAACUAUUCUGCGCAGCAGAUGCCCUCCUGGCAGAACUCCAUGGCAUCUGCACAAGCGCCUUUCCUACAAUCUUUCGGACUGUCAAACCCUCAGGCUCAGUCUUUUUACAUGAACGGAUACGCAGCGAAUGUGUCUACGCCAUAUUCGAACUCCAUGAAUGGACUUGGAAUAGCGCCACCAAAUAUGACUCCCUUCGCGAUGGAUCAAACGCAACAUUCCGCCUAUGCCUCAAUCAGCCCUGGCAACGAUCUUAGCCAUGACUGCAACUGUGGAGACGAUUGUCAGUGUCUUGGUUGCGCAGCCCAUCCCUUCAACAACACUACCCGUCAACACGUCCAAGAAAUGGGUGUCAUGAUGACAUUCGACGGAGACGACUCUACACCCGAAGCCAUGACGAAUGCCUACAAACCCCCAUCAUUCCAGACAAACGCCGCAACGAAUCCAAUGAACUACUUCAUGCAGCAAACACCCUCCAUGGACCAUGGCAUCCACCAAAAUUCUUUCGAGCCAUACUCCGAUCCCAACUCGGCUAUGCCAAGUGGCUACUCGUCUCCUUUGUCGGCCGGACACCACUUCAACCAGCAAUUGAUGCAUCCAUCCGAAUACUACACAAUCGAAUAUCCAGUUGGAAUCCCGAGUGCCUGUUCCGACGUGACAGGCAGCUGCCAAUGCGGCAACGACUGCAGCUGCGUCGGCUGUCUCACGCACAGCGGUCACAACGGCGUGGCUCUGGACACGUCAAUCCCUGAGACUCCAGUCGCCAGUACCGCGGACAAUUUCCCUUCAUCUCAUGGACCACGGACUACGGCUGCUGGCAGUCACACUUCUCGAAUUCCAGUCUUGGAAAACGUGUCGAUGCCUUGCCUCAGCCCACGUACACUGGAAACAUCUAUGAUUUGA